GCGGCGCCGCUACGCCGCGGAGGACACGGACGGCCACUGCCAGCAUGUGCGCCGCCGACGCGAGAGCGUGAUGGCCCGCCGCGGUUGCAACCGCAGCCGGUGCCGCUGCCGGGGCCACAGCCCGCUCGCCGCCGUCUGCGCGGCGCUGCUCGUCGCUGCCACCGCCGCCGCCGCUGCCAAGGCCGCUCCAGAGUUGCGCGGAGGCGGUAAGGGUGCGUCUGGCAGCGGGAGAGGCGGCGGAGGUGGUGGUGGCGGUGGCUUGGGCGACGGCGGCGGGGGCGUGAGCGGGUGCCCGCCCCCGGAGCUGGCGCUGAACGGCACCCUGCGCGCCGCCGCGACCGCGACGGACCGCCACCGCAGCGACUACUCGCAGGUGCUGGAGGUGAAGUUCUGGGGCGAGCUGGGCCCGCUGGGCGAGCGCCGCCUCUGCAAGAUCAAGUGCACCGGCGGCUCCUGGGUGGGCCCGCUCUGCCAGAGCCCCGACGACAGCAGCCACUUCCAGCCGCUGUUCCGUAACUGUCACCUGGGCGCGACGCCUCCCAACUUGGUCGUCUUCUACCGCAACAUCUCCAUUAUGAGCGAGAAGUCGGUGUUCCCGCACGGUGCCAUGGUGACGGCGCGCUGCCGCCGGCCCGGCCUGUACAAGCUGCUGGGCAACUCGUCGCUGCGCUGCCAGAACGGCGCCUGGAACCCGCGCCUGCCCGCCUGCAUCCCCACAACCAUGCUCACCAACUUCACCGAGUACGCGCCGCCGACGAUCCUGGUGAAGACGCCAGCGGGAGCGGCCUCGAUGGAGCCGUCUGGCGCGGUGGCGGUCUUCCCGGGCACGACGCUGCACCUCGAGUGCCUCUUCUCGCGGAAGCUCGGCAACCCCGAGUGGACGUGGACGCCGACGUUCCGGCAGUACCUCACAGGAUGGGCGAUCGCGGCGGAGGAGCGCGAGUGGAAGUACCGGCUGUCCAUUUACUACAGCAAGCCGCAGGACACGGGCGUCUACACGUGUGCCACGCCGCGGGGAAUCACCAACAGCAUCGCCGUCCACGUCGCAGCCGUGCACUGCGGACCGCUGGAGACUGACGACACUCGGCUGACGAGCCGGAAGGAGGGCAGCCGCCUGGGCCAGCUGGCCGUCUUCCAGUGCCCCGCGGGCUUCCGCCUGCAGGGUCCCACCAACCUCACCUGUCAGGCCUCAGGUCGGUGGUCGGGCCCGGUGCCGCGGUGCGCGCCCAUCCUGUGCCCCAGCCUGGAGACGGACGACCCGCACCUGUCGCUGGUCGAGCACAACACCAGCUACGGCGGCCGCGCCGUCUUCCGCUGCUCCUGGGGCCACCAGCUCAAGGGGCAGCCCGGCAUCGAGUGCGAGGCCGACGGCCACUGGUCGGGGCCCAUACCGUCCUGCGAACCCGUGCUGUGCCCGCCGCCGCCGGCGCCGCUGCACGGCCGCAUCGUGGCCGGCGAGGAGCGCUACCGCGUGGGCUCGGCCGUGCAGUUCCUCUGCGACGACCGCCACCAGCUGAUCGGCGAGGCCAGCCUCGUCUGCACCGAGACCGGCGUCUGGUCGCACCCCACACCCCUCUGCGAGGCCCGCUGCCCGUACCCCGGCGACCCGGCGCACGGCCGCAUCGCGCCCGUCAAGUUCUCGUACGAGCCGGGCGACAAGCUGCAGGUGACGUGCGGCGCGGGCUUCGUCAGCCGGCUGGGAGAGCCGCCACAGUGCCAGGGCGACGGCACCUGGUCUCUGCCCGUGCCGCAGUGCCGCAGCUACCGGCACGUCUGAGCGACGCCGCGGGCUGCUGCCAGCCGCGUCUCGCUGCCUCACCGACAUCCGUGGUCACCGUCUCAGCUAGUGAACCGCCCGACGGAGAUUCCUGGGGUAGCUUAUCCUGUGGCAGACCCUUCACAGCUGCUGAGGUCACGUAAAGUGCGCUGACCUGCAGAUCGUUUCUAGUGCAGCAGCUGAAAUUGAUCAUAGUGGCAAAAAACAAUGCAGAUCACAAUUUUUUCCUGCUCGGAAAACGCUACAUCAGUUUUCUACACUGAAUUGUCUGUAAUGGGUAGACAGAGAAUGGAUCUAAUUCACGGUGAAGGUGGUAAUCUCAUUGUUAGUGAAGACCUAUAAUAAAGAGUGAACACGAACGAUGGCAAAUUGUCAAAAUUGCUCACUAACAAUGUGAAAUUUGAGUUUCUCUGCAUUUAAAAAAUGCGAAUGCAGCUGAUUACCGACGGCUGCCGAUAUUUCCAUAGGUUAAUACCCCGUCGUUACCAAGGCAAACAGUGCAGUGAAGGGGCGCUGUGCAAGGACAUUUAGACCCCCUGCAGGUAGGGCUACGCGGGCCAAAAAGUACUGCACAGUAUAUGCAGUAAGACAACACACACACACACAUACACACACACACACACACACACACACACACACACACACACACACACACGCCUAAAACAACUAGUUACACCAUACAACCACAGAUGGCCAACGUCAAAAGUUAUCGACAGUGAGUAGUAUGAGUUUUUUGGGCUAAGAGACUCGUGGUGACUUGUCACAGAAUAAUAAUGGAAUUACGAUUUCUUCGGCGUGUUACACCAUUUACCUCAUUUUCUGUGAAAGCACUGUAAUGACAGUUAAACAACGUGUAAGUGGAGUUACCAAACAGUAAAACAUGAAACCCGUAGUAAUGCAGCAAUCCUGAGAUGCAAAAGUACUGUGACGUGGCUGCUGCCGCAGAGAGAAAACCUCCACAUAGCGUCGUUCUGCCGAUGAUCCAUUAUAUUUAGUGAAUCUACACAUGAGAUACACAAGGUGUCCUAGAAACGUUGCGACAAACUUCGCGGGACUGUCGAGAGUGUCUUGUGGAAGAAAUCGAAGAUAGAAACCCGUCAUCCAACGACGCUACGUAGUGUCGAUAUUAGAGACGCCAGCGCCUGCCAAUAGGCCACCCCUUUGGCAGCAAACGUGACUGUGUCUGCUGACAGACAGUAGGCGGAACGUCUCGCAGUUUUGUGUAUUAGAUAGUGACUGAUUGCCACGAUCGAUGGAGUUAGCUGCUGCAGAUCUUGUCCCCUUUCAACGUGAUGCUUUGUUGCAUUGAAAGAUAACUGUUUCAGACAAGGGUUGCAAUCUGUUGUUAAUUUUUCCCCUCUAUACUGAAAAUCAUUUGAGGAUUUAGACUGUUCCAGGAGAAAAAUAAACUGCAGAUGGAUACCCCCGUCCUAAUCGUCAUUUGAUUUGGGCAAAGAGCAGCGGUUUCAUAGUAGACAAAGCAUUUCCAUGCAGCAGCUCGCUCCAUCUUCUCCACUGACAAUCGUUCUAAUCAGUCGAGAUCACUACAUAACGAAAAAAAUUGCGAGAGGUUCCGCUUACGAUCGUCAGCGGCAAAAGCCAUGUUUGCUGCUGAAGGGGUCGGCUAGAGGCUGGCGCCUACAAUUUCGACGCCCUGUAGCAUCGUGAAUGACGCUUACGGAAACGGGUUCCUGUCGUCCAUCUGUUCUUCAAGAUACCUCCUAAAACCCCCGGAUGUGUGUCACAGCAUUUCUGGGACACCCCGUAUGUCAGUAAAUUCCUCGACAGUAAAUCUAAGCUGACCAUUGCGUACAAUCGUUAAUGUUUAAAUAACAUUGCUCGAGAAACAAACCGGAUGCAAAACUACUGCCACCGUAUGAAAACAUUUUGUUGCUAAGCAAAGACAUACAGUACAUAUCACUAGCAUUUGUAUUAUGUGCAAAUUUUUAACUGCAAUAUUGAGAAAAAGACAGAUGCGGUGAAACGUCAAAUGGAGCGCAGUUAUCCUGUAACGAACCACCGCAUGGCAUGAUCCCUUAAAGCAAAAUACUCUGAAAGCAUUCUGAAGAAUAUCCAAAACUUUGUCGAUGGAGUGACUGUUGACCCUCCGUAUUUCCGGAGGCUUGGUAUUAUGACCAAAACCACGAACAAAUCUCUGUCGCGACGCCACUGGUAGUGUCUAAAAGUGGCAGCAACGAUGGGCAAAUACUGACCUGUUAUAACCUCGCAUAGAACCUAAGAACGUCUGGGCAGAAUCUCCUCGUUUACUGGGUAAGGAGUAAUAAGGGCAGAUGAGUAUACGAUUGUGGUGGUUCUGAAAGAAUUAGGUCCGAACUUCAAAAUGGAUUACAUCAUUACUUGAGCUCUAGUAGAUGGGCUGCAAAGCACUACCUCUGCUACCCUUGCUUAAAAUAUUGAUUGCUAAUUGCUAUGUCUUGUAAUUAAUUUGUUAAUUCUGGAGGAGCAUAGAGACAAAACGCUACCAAAAUCUAACACAAUAACUCAUCGGGAACAUUUAUUUAGUGAGCUGGUGCGUUGACUGAUAGUUCUCGGAAAGACUUCAGCAAGACUUGACGUGAGCAGAGCAUCUCCGACAUUAUGUCGGCUGUUCCGUUAUUCAUAGAGACACCAACGUUAUGUGACCUCUUCCAGUAAAUCAUUCAAUAACAGUUUUGACUUACCAGCUCUAUUCCUUGUGACUUGAAUACAACGCUGAUCAGAUGCUGGAUGUCCGGAUUUGUCCACAACUAUCAGCUACAUUGCACAUUGCACAUUUACGUUCGUCACUCUGUUCUUCUGAGCGUGAAACAUUCUGACAUACAAGCGAAGUGUGUCAGGGGCUGUGUGCAGAAUUGUGUGUUAUACGCUUGAUGUUAGUCUAUGAUGUGUCAUGCAUGUGGGAUCAUCCUGUCAUCAAUAUAUCCUGCAACAUUUUAUGCAUUCUUUACAGUCUAUGAACCAGUUGUCGUCUGGGUAACAAAACUGUGUUAAGUUUGGUCCUGUAUAUCAUUGACAAUCACGUGUCGUACGUGAGAGACAAACAGCUAAUAAGGUAACUGAAGAUAAUGCAAUAACGAGUCUUUCGGUUUAAUAUACAAAGCCUUUUUCAUGUUGUUUCUUUGGAUGUGCGCUAACGCUAAGGUAACUGAUUAUGAGAACUCUCCCGGACGGGCAUGGAAGACAGUGUUCCGUAUGUCUUUGACAGCCACCGUACCAGCUAAGAAAUCUCUAGUCACAUAAAAUUUCUCUAAACGUUUAGCCGGAUGCUUACAGUCAUUGGAUAUACUAACCUUCGGAUAUCAGUCAGGCAUUUCGAAAAUCUCUCUAAUAAUUCAGUGUUGCUUUCCUCCUGUGUCGGGAAAUAAAUUGAUGGCUCUUGUCAGUGCCCUGUCAAGAAACUGCUGCUGAAGACCAAAACACCUACCCACACCCGAUCAAAGUUAUGACCGGACUAGAACAGUCUUAAGCGAAACGUAACAUCAGCACCAGAGAGUAGUGAUGCACAGGUCCAGUCCCAGAAGUACGUUGCAGUUAGUUUAAAAACUAUACCCUACACGUUUCGCAAAUAUUUAUUUUUAUGAGAAUUUAAAUUUUCCUUCACUGAAUCUCUCCUCUGGACAGAACCAAAUGAAAAGUAUCUUCUUGAAAUCUUCGGUACUUCGCUUUUGUGCCCCCUUUGAGUCUGUCCACCCAUACUGCACUAUUACCGAUUACUGUAGUAAUGUCAUUUAAAUCAUUUCUCACUUACAAGCACUUCCGAGUCACAUUAAUGAGAUGGUAGCAUGCUUAAUUGUUGUAGCCCGACGUUCAGUCAAUUAAUAUUCAGAAAAGUUAGAUGCCAGCUUGAAUUAAUAUUCGGAAAAGUAAUAUACGGCAUCUCAUAUAAUAAUUCUAUGAUGUACCACAACUGGAAUUCAACGUUGUACCACAGGUAUACUCGUACCUGGCUGAGUGAACAGCUUCGGUGAUCGGAGGACAAAGACAUAUCGUUGUAAGUGUGAUCAGGUCUCUGAAAAACCACACAGUAUCAAAAUAUCUGCGUGUUCACAUACGCUUCACGUAUUACAUAUUACUAGACUAUCAAUAUUCUCCCAGAAAAUCAACCCAUUAUUGCUCAAAAUUUGCUCUAAAUUGCAGACAUUAUGCGGUGUUACUUCAAAAUUGUGUUAAGAUAAAAUUCCUUGAUCCGGCAGAAGUACCAGUUUAUUUUCCAUACUUUUAAUUUAAUAUGUUAACAAAACCAGUAAACGACGUACUGUUGACUGACAACCUAUUGCUAUUAAUUGUGAAUUUACAUACCGAAAGAAAUACCACAGCUGGGACGUGUUGUUUCAUAAAGAUUAAUUACUUAGAGUGGUAAAGGUAUAACCGCUUCUAUCACCAGAUUACACAAUUAAGCCCUAACUCUUACACUGGAGUUACCACUUAUCAUACGUGAAAAGGAAUGUUGCAAAAUACUCCAUAUGUUUUAGAAGUGCUUCAGCUCAUAUCACGUACCAGUAUCUGAAUCAAGGAAAAUUAAAAGAUAACUGAAUGUUUCAACAGUGGAGAAAGGCAGAAACGGCAGCUGCUUGAAUAACACCCACCCUUUUGAUACCGAAGUAAUACUAAAAGAAGUAUUAUGAAUGGCGCCCAAAGUAAAAUUAAAAACUGUGCAAAAGUAAGAAACGUGUGUUUUGUGACACGAACCACCUUUGAUGAAAUGAGAAUAUUUUCUUUUCGUUUGUUUGUAUGAAGCAUGGAUGAAACUCCAGCAGACACAAGUAAAUGCCCUAAUUAUGGUAAAUUCGCUGUAAACACAAAGUUUAUUUCUUCGCCGAUUUCAGCAAAUUAUAAAUGCUGUAGGAAACAAAAAUUUGAAAUGAAAGCAUAUCAGCUUUUGAAAUGUGAACUCUGUACUUUUUUUACAAGAAACAUUAUUUUAGAUAUAGUUAAUGUAAGUUCAUACUGUCGAUAUUGUCAUGCAAAAUUUAUUGAAUACACAGAACAGUAAUGCAUGAAGGGAAAUAGCUCUAAAUUUUAAUUUACUACAUCAACAUUAAUAUGCAUAUUUUGUGUGAUAUAAUAAAGAAGAGAUAAUAUUAAAUACAGCUAUAUCUAUUACAGUGUAAGAAAUUAAAAUUACAUAUUUUAUGUAAGUGUAACUAUUGGCUUUCCCAUCAAUAAUGUACAUUACACAUUUUUAAUAACAUCAAUGCCGACAAUUUUAACCAUCCAACUGCAUGAAUCUGCUGAAUGUAUAUAAAAAUUAAUGUACAAAGUAAAUUUUAUAGAAUAAAUGUGAGCCUAUUACAAGAAAUUGAGACUAGUAA